AUGUAUGCAUCAAUAGAAGGUCAUCUCGAAAUUGUUCAAUAUCUUAUCUCUAUUGGAGCUGAUAAAGAAGCAAAGGAUAAUGAUGGAUAUACUCCACUCCUUCGGUCAUCAGAAAAAGGUCAUCUUGAAGUUGUUCAAUAUCUUAUCUCUAUUGGAGCUGAUAAAGAAGCAAAGGAUAAUAAAGGGAGAUCAUUAAUGUAUUUCGCAAAAGAUAAUGUCAAAAAAUUUCUAAAAUAUGUGGUCAUUUCAGAGUGA